GUCUCUGCCUUCUCGGCUAUGGCGAGCUGGCCUGCUCCUCCUCGGCAACUUUCCUUCCUCCUUACAUAGCUUGACCGCAUCCCGAUGUGCUCAUUCCUGUGCGCUCUCCCCCGUUCCCGUGUCUGUGUUUAAUUUUUCUCACCCUACGUCGCUGCAUUUGCGUGUGCACGUUCUGUUGUUUUCUCAGAAUUUUUCUGCGUUUCACAAGUGUCAGAGAGACGUGGUUGAUGUAGUAUCACGGGUAGCGGUGUCGCAACUCCAAUGUGUGUACAUUGUGUGGCGUAGAAAACGUUUCGGAAAUGCUGAAUUUGACGCAAUUUGGCUGCUGAAAGGAGCGCCAUCAGAGCAGCGCGUGGAACGCGACUGCAGGCUCUUAAAGCUGGAAUUUGCGGUUAGGGAGAAGUUGAUGGGAGUCGUAGUGGAUCGUCUUGCUCUCUGAGCGGGUAGGUCAUAGCUGCGGAGGUCUGAAUCAUCGCCGAGGAAAAGUGGAGAGAAUAUUUACGACAUGCAUUGCAGGAGAAUUGUUUAAUUUGUUCUCUUCGAGCUCCGUGAGCGUGUGGAGGCUGAUCCAGAAGUCCUAGUUGUUGCAGUGCAUGAUUUGGAAUAGAGUGCCCUCGUGCAUUUUCAGAUAGUGAGCUGCGGUUAUCGUGAUGCCAUGCAAUUGGUCCCACGCUCUGUACAUUUGUCUCUCACGAUAAUACAUUUUGGAUACUGCUUUUGCUGUAGUUUCUGUAGUGUUAAGUGUGUACCUAUCUCUGAUUACGGUGUUGGAGACUGGGCCAUUCUCUUAUCAGUAGUGCUCCUGAGGUGGACGCUCGGAGGUUUUUCUUCUUAGACAUUGAAAGGUGGAAGGAAGCGUCCGAUCGGGGCGUCAUGGGCAAUAGGGACGCUCGGGAUACAUGAAGCGGUCAAGUGAUUUGCAAGACUGACGAAAGGCGGUUUGCAGGGCAGAAAAACUUGGCGCAUUGUGCGUUACGAUUGUGCGUUUAAGGGUAGAGCGACUACAGUUGCUGCUUUUCUCAUUGGACUGAAGAACACGCUCUUGAAAGGCCUUGUAUUAAUGUUAGUCAGUACUGAAAACUUAGCUGGAUAUUUACCAGCUCCUGACGCGCGUUCGCUCCCGCGGUAACGGGUUGGAUAACUGCUACUUUGAAUACUUGUCUUCAACUUUUUACGGGGUUGGAAACUUGGCGACGCUAGUGGACAGCCAUUACAAGACGUGAUGUCUGACCGAUGCUGUUGUGCAUAGCAAUCCAUAAGUUUGGUCACGGCUCGGAUCAUUGGUGUUAAAACGCCUGAUGUCUGUUAUCUCACAAGUUUCAUCAGUAGCCUGGCCUCAGAUGCACCAUGGCGGAGAUUCAGACAGAGAAAAAGCUCAGUCCCAGCAGUUACAAUCUAUUCAACGGAGGAGCACUCAAUGGAAAAGUUCCCGGAACCACUCAAACUGGGAAGAUAGACCGAUUUCAAGGAUGGUCUAUGUUCAAUGGGGCGCAACUCGAUGAGUCUCGGAUCAGCAGCUUCUCAAAAGAAGAUUCUUUCUCGUACAACUCUCUGUACAAAGGCAAUUCACAUGACAAAAACGUGAAAAAGGAUGUGGAAAGGCAGAGCACUGGAACAGCUGGGAGUGGGAAUGCCGUAAGAAAUGCCUUAAGGAAUAGUUCCAAAGCAUCCAGUAGCAGUAUUGGAACUGCGAGUGCAGUGGUUGAUCCCUCUGAUGCACAAGCUAGAGCUCUACGCAGCAGUGUAAAUGGUGUGCCUCCUCUUGCUGGAGGAUCACCAAGCGCCAGCAGAUCUGGAAAUGCUGCUAACGUGAAUUCAAGGGUCGAGAAUAGUGCGACUUCUGCAAGCAUAGCAAUUCAUGAGAGGAGCAGCUCCAGUGAUGACAGAUUCAAUAAAGAGCACCGUGGUACAUACACAAAGCAUAUAUCUGAUGUUGAAGGUAUUACUGUGGAUUCACUAUUCAAUGGAGAACCUCGUAGAAAUGUCAGUGGGGAGAUGUCCUCAAGCGGAAGCAGUACUGGUGGAAACACUCCCAGAGUAGGGAAUGAUAGUUCUCCGUACUGGAGUCGGAGCGACAGUGGUCGGUUUUCAUCGAAGGACGGAAGUUCGUGGAGCUCCUCCUCCAGUGGUGGUAGCCCUUCUGUUCUCAAUUUAAAAGUCAGCAGUAGCCCUGUUGUGGACAGUCCUAGUCCAAGGGCAAGCACCUCUUCAAGUGGAGGAAGCUCGAGAGAAAGUUCAGUUGCUGGCAGUCCAACUGUGGGCAGAACAAGCAUUGUUGGGAAUUUGUUUGGGAAAUCUACAGGUUCAGCGCCAUCAGAAUCUAGCCCUACAACGAAUCCUCCUAGAAGUAGCAGUUGCAACGUUGGACACUUGCGCGUAGUAUCUCGUAACAUUGGAGCGUUAUCAACGUCAGGAGACACCAAGCUCGUAGUGCCAAAUAAACCAACCCAGAACGCAGGGUUUCCUGCGCCUGUUGGAAUCAUAUGCGGGCCCAAUCAUUCGAGACUCUCAACUGGAAGCGCUACAGGAAAUACUGGAAAAUCGAGUGGUACAACUGCGGAAAUCUACUUUUCCCCUGCCAAGCCAGAGGGACUGCUAGCUUCAGCUGAUGCCGAUAGGGGAAAUAUAAUUGCUGUUGGAGAGAGCUUGAUGAUCAAACGAAUGCUAGCUAGCAGUGACCCUGAGGAAGUCAAAAAAGCAGGAAAUGAUCAGUACAAGAAAGGCAAUUUCGUUGAGGCUCUCUCUCUCUAUGACCGCGCUGUCUCUUUAGCUCCAGGUCGAGCUUCUUACAGAAGUAAUAGAGCAGCUACGCUCAUGUGUCUUGGGCGUCUGACGGAGGCUUAUCAGGAGUGCGAGGAAACAAUAAAGUUGGAUUCUCAGUAUGUGCGUGCUCUGCAACGACUUGUCUCUUUAUGCAUAAGAUUAGGUCGGGUAGGGAGAGCAAAGGAGAUAAUCAAAUCAACUGGACAACACAUUGAAAUUGGCGACAUUCAGAAGGUGGAUAAAAUUGAAAAACAUUUGAUGAAUUGCUUUGCCGCCAAAAGAGCUUGCGACUGGAGCACAGUGAUGAGAGAGAGCGAAGUUGCUGUAGCAGCUGGAGCAGAUGCCGCCCCUCAGAUUGUGGCCCUGAAAGCAGAAGCUCUGGUGAAGCUUUCCAAGCCUGAAGAAGCAGAUGCUGUUUUACAAAGUGCUCUGAAAGGCGAAAGUUUGAUGAGGAAGUCCAGUAGCAGCCCUGCUGAUACGAGCAUUCUCUGUGUCCUAGCUCAGAUUGACAUGGCACUCGGCAGGUUUGAUGAUGCAGUUAUUGUUGCUGAGAAAGGAGCACGUCUUGAGCCGCAUAACCCAGAAAUUUCGGAUCUUUUUAAAAGGGCACGAGCCGUGGCUACCGCACGAGCUACUGGGAAUGAUCUAUUCAAAGCAGGCAGGUGGUUGGAGGCAGCUGUAGCAUAUGGCGAAGGUUUACAAUACAAUCCCACCAACGCAGUAUUGCUGUGCAAUAGAGCAGCGUGCAGAUCAAAACUUGGUCUGUAUGAGAAGGCCAUCGAAGACUGCAACGCGGCUCUAGAUGCAUACCCUAACCAUUUGAAGGCUCUUCUAAGACGAGCUCAUUCAAAUUCGAAGCUGGAGAGGUGGAAGGAUGCGCUGCGCGACUAUGAAAGGUUAAAAAGGGAAUUGCCAGAGGAUGCCGAAGUUGCAAGGUCUUAUUUCGAUGCUCAAGUGGCUUUAAAGAAACAUCAUGGUGAAGAGACACUUCCCAAGUGGUUUGGGGGUCAAGUCGAGGACAUCACCAGCAAUGAUCAACUAAGAGAGGCUCUCUCACAUCCAGAAUCAAUGUCAUCAGGAGUUGCAAUAGUGCUGUUCAGUUCAAUGUGGAGUGAGCGUUCCAGGCAAAUAAUCCCUGUUGUGGAGCAAAUAUGCAAGAAGAAUCCCACCGUGAACUUCCUCAAGGUGGAUGUUCAAGCUAAUGCAUACUUGGCAAAAUCUGAGUCAGUCGAAUUUGUUCCUACGUUUAAGAUCUACAAAAAUGGCUACAAGGUAAAGGAGUUACAAGGUCCCAGUCAAGAAACUCUGGAGCAUGCUGUCAGCCAUUUUAGCCACUAGAUGAUUAUCCUCCAUUCUUUAAGAACAUUUGGUCCAGAAUAUUUCGUUUGUCAGCAGAAUAAGGGUAAGGUAGGAUGCAUCCGUUGCGACCCUACCUGGGAAUCCGCUUCAUUGUUUCUCUUCUUGAAAGGCCCCAACCUGCUCUGCGAUCUCUCGAUCCUGGCAGCUUUCUUUUUAAUUUUAAUUUUUUAAUUUUUUACUGCGGUUGCUUGGUUUCCCUCUUCA